ACACGUCAGAUAAGUAUUUUUCUGCCUUAAUCCGUGAGCCAUGUAUGUGGCCUUGACAAAACCAGUUUUUGGUUUAACCUGUGACAGCAGCACACUGUGUCAGUGUGACAGAAGAAGAUCACUUUAUUUUAGUUUUAGUUAGUUUCGUAAAAAUGGCGACUUUUCUGCCUCGUACAUUUGGCCUCGCCGAAACUUAUUUCCUAAAAAAUGGAAACAAGACUUAUUUAUUGGAACCAACUGACAUUGUCUUUUCGAGACUAACAUAAACCCAUCAUAUUAAAUGUACUAUAGGUAUCUGCUAUUGUGUAGGAAUGGUUUUAUCAUUUUGUUGUAUGUUAAAUGGAAAAUAUUCCAUUGCCUGGUAAAUACAUCUGUGCAUUCAUGUGUUUUUAUAAUUCCUCAUAGGCGGCUCUUGAUUUAAAUAUCCUUUUAUUUCAAUACAGCUGGCUGCAGCAACAGCUGCAAGCAUUAUACCAAGCAAACAACAAGUACGGAAACUGAAUGUUCAUGAAUAUGUUAGUUACACACUACUUCGGGAUAAUGGUAUCCCAGUUCCUAAAUUCAAUGUGGCCAAGACCAAAGACGAGGCGGUAAAGUUUGCUCAAGAACUCAACUCACAGGACAUUGUACUCAAAGCUCAGGUUCUGGCUGGGGGUCGUGGUAGAGGUGCUUUCAAGAAUGGUCUUAAAGGUGGAGUAAGAAUGGUGAACUCGGCUGAAGUUGCUGGCGAUAUUGCUGGCAAGAUGCUGAAACAGUAUUUGGUGACGAAACAGACGGGUGCCGCUGGCCGCAUCUGUAACAUGGUUAUGGUCACCGAAAGGAAAUUCCCGCGCCGCGAAUACUAUGUAGCCAUCAUGAUGGAGCGUAGCUUCAAUGGCCCAGUUAUCAUAGCUUCAUCUCAAGGGGGAGUUAAUAUAGAAGACGUAGCUGCUGAGAAUCCCGACGCUAUCACCUAUGAACCUAUUGACAUCGUUCAAGGCAUUACUACUGAACAAAUUGAUCGCGUAAUAAAGAAGAUCGGUCUCGAAGAACGCGCUUCUGAAGCAACUGAAUUAAUGACCAGAAUGUACGAUUUAUUCCUCAAGAAAGAUGCGCUUUUAAUUGAAGUUAACCCCUAUGCUGAAGAUGCUAUUACUGGAAAAUUUUUCUGUUUGGAUGCGAAAUUCCGAUUUGACGACAAUGCUGAAUUUAGACAGGCUGAGCUUUUUAAUUUGAGAGACAUUACCCAAGAGGAUCCGAAAGAAAUUGAAGCUGCUAAAUAUAAUUUAAAUUAUAUCGCGCUUGAUGGUAACAUCGGUUGCAUGGUAAACGGCGCCGGGCUAGCGAUGGCUACGAUGGAUAUCAUCAAGCUGUACGGCGGCGACCCCGCUAACUUCCUCGACGUCGGCGGCGGAGCCACCGCGCAAGCCGUCUCGGAAGCAUUCAAAAUCAUUCUAUCCGACCCCAAAGUGUCUGCCAUUUUGGUGAACAUCUUCGGAGGCAUCAUGCGAUGCGACGUCAUCGCUGAGGGCAUCAUCACUGCUGCCAAGAACCUUAACAUUCAGAUACCGGUAAUCGUACGUUUACAGGGUACGAAAGUGAACGAGGCGCGCAAGCUGAUCGCGGACUCGGGGCUGAGGAUCGUGCCUCGCGACGAUCUCGACGAGGCGGCGCAGCUCGUUGUGCAGCUGUCCGAGAUCGUCACGCUCGCCAAGAAGGCUGGCGUCGAGGUCAAGUUCGAUAUACCUAAACCGUUCUUAGAGAAGUAAACCGAAACAGUAUUGAAACCUUCAUCUACACUCGAACUACCUUAUUCCAAAACGCGGUUAGUUUCGGUUUGAACCUAACGCUGUCUCUGUCAUCUUUUUAGCAAGCAGAAGUGACAGCAUCAGUUUGAGACCGGGUUUAGCUUUAGUCAACGUUUUGUAAUAAGGCGAGAAGAAUAUAUCUCUCGGUGGCGUAAAAUGGGAGACAUAGAUCAAGCGUCCAUUGAGUCACUAAACGCGACCAAUAUCGGCUAGGUGGCUGCGUCUAGUGGCGCUUAGUGGCCCAAUGUGUAAAUCGAAACUGAGCAGUAUAAGUAUGAGAGAGCUGAAGCGAUUGUUUAUGGUCCUAUAGGGUAUUCGACUACUUUGAAAACGAUCGUAUGUUAAUGGCUUGUGUUUAUGGACAUCUCAUUGUGCAGAUCUCGAUCUGUCUCGUUAUUCAGUAAAACAAAUGAAAUCAAAUAUUCUGCGUUGAAAUAUACCGCUGGACCAGCUCUUGUUAUUAUGGCGUAAUACCUGUAUGUUACGUGACACGAAUAUCAUUCAAACGUGCAACGGUACAAUUAAUGUCUGAUUUACAUAUGUGUGACAUAAUUUUAGUCUGCACCAAUCCCAGACGGUUUCGGUCACGUGCCAAUAGAUAAAAGAAACUAUUUUCUAAUAAAAUCGCUGCCAAUAUUCAUUUUAAAUACAGAUGUCAACUAUUGGUACUUCAUUGUUAAUACUGUCAAAUACCCUAUUGACUGCACCUUCGCUUUCGGUCUUUCUAGUGAGUAGUCAAUUUCGUGCAGGUAUUGCUCAUUCCUUUUUUAUGUGUAUGUCAUUCCAUACAAUUCCAUAUCGUAGUGGCCUUAUAGAGAAUGGACUGAGAAUUCCCCAUUCAACUGUAAAGUAAAACUAGAAAGAUAAAUAUGAGCGAUAAAAUGACUGUGCGGCCUAUAGUUCAUACAAAGUAUUGCCUAUAAAGUAACUUUAUAGCUAUAGCUCGUAUACGCAUUGGCGACUAUUUCAUGCGAGUAUCGCUCAUAGAGGUAUAAGAGUAGAGUGGGGAAGGCGACUCUAAGUGUCCGUCUUGUAGAAAGAGAAAGAAGAUGAGAGCCCGCUUGAUAUCUCUCUCUUGUGACGCAUGGCAUCCAAUG